AUGCCGAUCUUCAUGCGCCCUGCCGUUUCCGUUCUUUCAAGUUUCUCAAAAAUAUCUAGUGGCUCCAUAGAUACAAGAGAUGUUGUUGUCCCUGGGCAACUUAUAUCUUUUGCUGGCGAUAAUUUAAUCACUGGACAUGGAACAUUUAGAAAUGUUGACAAAAUAAAUACUCCUAAAACCUUCACGGAUCAGGAAGGCUCUCUGGAGUUGAGUAUACCAGAAUGCCAAAAUCUCCAAAUGCGGGCCUCUCUAGCCGGUCGUGUUAAGGCGGUCAACAAAUUAGUAUAUGUUGAACCAUUAAAAGCGCGAUAUUCUGGCAACAUCGGAGAAACUAUCGUCGGUAGAAUUAUUGAGGUCGAACAACGUCGUUGGCGCGUUGAUGUGAAUUCAUUUCAGGUAGCAAACUUAUCCCUUGCUAAUGUAAAAUUACCAGGAGGCGAAAUGCGUAGGAAAUCUGAGGAUGAUGAGCGUGCUAUGCGCUCAUACAUAAAGGUAUGA